AUGGCGGGCACUGGGGGCUAUCCCAGCAUCUCUCAGAGGAGGUUGGAAUACCCAGAAGCUUUCCAAUGCAGUCCGCGAUCCGACAGAUCGUCUGCGCGACGCAUGGAGGUCACUCGUCCGGACAACUUGACCCCGCUUUGCCAGGAUCCAUCGGUCGUUUUGCAGUGUCUCAAAUGGCUCUAUCCCUGCGACGACUUUCCGGCAGUGGCAGCUGUCUGCUCGCAGCUUCGAGUGCAAUGUGCCGAGGACAUGCUGUGGAAUGAAGUGCUGGAGUACUGGCCGUCGAUGGACAAAGCAGUCAGCCGAAUCGAGUACCUAGGAUCUCGGCACAGCGGCGCCGCUCGUGUACGACAUGUCCGAGGGGCCCUGGCUGCCAAUGAGCGGCUCUACCACGCCUUCGCCGAAGGCCGUGCCAAGGCGGAGGCGGUACGAGAUCUCGUGGAUGAGAAGGCUGGAACCGUCAUCCACCCUGGAGGGCAAUGCCUUUCUGGUGGCCUCCAGUUCCAGACCUGGAUGCGGAUUCUAGGCCGUCCGGAGCAGCCAGUCUGCCUCGAGUGCCGCCGACAGGUCUGGCGAAUAGAUGAUGCUAUGGCCUUCGUCGUUUGCGCGGAGGACUUUUCAUCAAAUGUCAUGGAGGCAACCAAUGUUUUCAUGCAAAUGCCCUGCGGGUCCUGGCGCAUCCUGGCAGCACUCCUUGACGGCAAGAAUGAUCCAUCACCAUGGGAGCCCAUCGCAUUGAAAGCGUUGCGUUUGGAUGCGGGAAUGCUAUGGAGCUUCUUGCGCCGCCAGGCCGAAUAUUUCGCUUCCCUGGCGCCAGAAGACCUUGGCACCAGCACAGGUGAUCUCGGCUUCCCCGGCGCGGCAGUCCUGCUGCAGACGCUGGUGGAGCCUGUUGCCCCAACAGCGCGGCAGAUUGAGGAGCGACUCACGAACUGGAAUGAGUUCGCUCCUGAAAAUCUCGGGUACUUGAGGCUUGUUCGGGCUAACACCCAGAUUGGAAUGGGCAAUCGAGGUUGCGGGCAGAGGUCGGCCACCAUAUGCCUCUCGGAACAGGCAGAUGUGCAUUUCCCGCACAUUGGAGUUCGCGUUGCCAUGAGCAGGGGAGACCUUUUGGAGUGGCCAAACGCUUGGUUCCAAGAGGAAGCAGCUUCCAAUCCGAAAGAGAAGGUGACUGUCGAGGACCUACGAACCACGCAUGUGCACCUGGCUCCUUCCCUGAUGCUCGAUGCCAGCUUCCAUGACAAGCCGGUCCGCACAGCUGAUGGGGAAAAGGACAGCCGACCGCCGAAGUGA